CCACUGUUCAUAUUUCCACUUUCUCUCUGUCCAGGAAAAAAAAAAAAGAAAAAGAAGAAGCGUGAAGAAAAUGGCAACCCAGGCCAUGUUUAUAGGGAUUUCUAUUCUGAGUCUACUGUCUUAUUCUGCUUUGUCAUUUGCCAAAAUUAUAUCUCCGAAGUUUCCGGCUUCAAUUAUCCCUCCAGAAAAACUGUCGGUUUCAAGAACAAGUAGUACUGGAAACAAGCUUUACAAAACCAAGUACUAUACCCAGAUACUGGAUCAUUUCAAUUUCUAUCCAAAAAGCUACCAUACAUUUCAACAGAGGUAUUUGGUAAACGACACCUACUGGGGCGGCGCAAAGAAGAACGCUCCGAUCUUUGUAUACACCGGCAAUGAAGGAGAUAUCGAAUGGUUUGCCCAAAACACUGGAUUUUUGUACGAAACGGCACCCCGUUUCAAAGCCCUUAUUGUUUUCAUCGAGCAUCGGUUUUAUGGCAAGUCUAUACCAUUUGGGGGCAACAAAGAUGUGGCCUAUAGCAACGCAAGCACGCUGGGGUACUUGAGCUCCACACAGGCGUUAGCUGAUUACGCCACUUUGAUAAUCGAUCUUAAGCAAAACUUAACAGCGACUGAGUCUCCCGUGGUGGUGUUCGGAGGCUCAUAUGGAGGAAUGCUGGCAGCAUGGUUUAGAUUGAAGUACCCGCACGUUGCCAUUGGGGCUUUGGCGUCUUCUUCUCCAAUCCUCAAUUUCGAGAAUUUAACGUCUCCAUAUGCCUUUAGCAAUAUUAUCACUCAAGAUUUUAGGAGUGAAAGUGAGAAUUGUUACAAAGUGAUAAAAGAGUCGUGGCAACAGAUAGAAGACACAGCAAAACGACCAAAGGGUCUCCAGCAACUCCGGAAAUCUUUUAAAAUAUGCAGGAACUAUAUAGAUGCAGAUGCUCUUGGAGGUUGGCUUUCAACUGCUUAUGUUUACACGGCCAUGACAGAUUAUCCCACUCCCUCUAACUUUCUCAGUCCCUUGCCAGCUUAUCCAGUGAAACAGAUGUGUAAAGCAAUUGAUGAUCCAGGGACCGGUAAUGACACAUUCGCGAAGUUGUAUGGUGCGGCAAACGUCUACUAUAACUACAGUGGAACUGCCACGUGUUUCAAUCUUGACGAUGACUCUGAUCCUCAUGGCCUCGGAGGAUGGAGAUGGCAGGCAUGUACAGAGAUGAUAUUGCCAACAGGAGCUAACAAUGAGGAAAGCAUAUUUCCAGAGUCAGAGUGGCACUACAACGACAGUGCCUCCUCCUGCAAAUAUGCAUUUGACAUCGAGCCAAGGCGCAAUUGGAUCACUACUGAGUUUGGGGGCUAUGAUAUCCAAAGGGUUUUGAAAAGGUUUGGGAGCAAUAUUAUCUUCUUUAAUGGCUUAAGAGACCCAUGGAGUGGUGGAGGGGUACUUAAGAAUAUAUCCAGUACUAUAGUUGCAAUCGUAGCAAAGGAAGGUGCUCACCAUGUAGAUCUCAGGUUUUCCACCAAGGAAGAUCCAGAAUGGCUAAAAGACGUGAGGAAACAGGAGGUGAACAUCAUUCAAGGGUGGAUCUCACGAUAUUACCAUGACUUGGCUCAUCUUUCUGUCUAAACAUUCUUGCACUUUUGCUUAGUUAUUAAAAGUCCAUUUGGCUUAUAUGUCACACAGCACUAACCGAUUCCUUAAUUCUCAUUUUUCUUAAAUACAGACUGUCAUUUGUAUGAAUUAAGGUGAUAAUAAAAAGACCAUAACCAAAUUAAAAAAUGAAAACGAACUCAACAAAAUAGAAAUAUUGGAUCUUCCA